UGCCUGCACCGGGGGCUAGUGGCUCGGUGGGACAUCAGCAUCUGCAGUUGCACCGGGAGUGAGUGGCUCAGCGGGACAUCUGCAGUUGCUACCAAAGAUCCUAUAGCAAGGAUCCGUUGUAGGAUCUUUGGUUGCUGAAUGCACCGGGGGUAAAGUUCAGGCAAAAUGUUUCUUACUGCAUUUUUGCUUCGAAAAGGAAUUCCGGGCAAACAAUGGAUAGGGAAAUACAGACGUCCAAGAAAUAUUACGUGGCAAAUGAAACGUGGUGUCAUUCGGAGGCUGGUGAUUGAAAAGGAGACCGAAUACUGGCUCAGCCGCCCCUGGAUGACCAUUGAACAAGAAAGAGGGCAUGCAGCAUCACGCAGAGCUGAACAGUGGGAAGCCUUCAAAGCUGCUAAAGCUGCAACGUUUCCUGCACCAAAAUACAUUGAAGACCAUCUAAACCACCUAAAUGUAACCAAAAAAUGGGGAAAUUGAAAUGUUUGAAGAAAUCUUUUUUCGAAUGUGACUGCAGAAUUUUUUUUUAAAAUAAGGAAAAGCUUCCUGAUAAACUAACAUACAGAGCCAUUGGUUAUGUAUAAUUUCUGAAAGUGUUUGAAAUUGCUAUCAUGCAUAGAGUAAUAGGAUAAUUUAAUGAAUGAUAUCAAGGAAGUUUGUACUUGUGUUCUACUGGUCCUGAUGAAAUUGUAUAUCUAUUAGGAAACAAACUAAAUAUUUGUGAACUUUA